AUGUAUCAACAAAACAAUAGGUACACAAAAAUUUAUGUGGCAGGUUUGCCUUCGGUUACAAGAACCGAAGGUCUCAGAAGCUACUUCGAACAAUUUGGAGAAAUCGUCUAUGCUAAUGUAGUUUGUGAUGGAGCAACACAACGAUCAAAGGGAUUUGGUUUUGUCACGUUCAAAGAAGCUGAUUCUGCAACGAGAGCAUGCGAGAAUCCAAAUCAUAUGAUAGACUGACGAAUGGCCAAUUGCAAACUUGCUUAUCAUGGUGCUAGGGUUCCCAAUAACCAACCAAUCCAAUACGGUUAUUAA